AUGGCCGCCCUCCGCCCUCCGUACACAUUGCAGACCGCACAGGAAAAAGUCAAAUUCGCCCAAAACAUGUGGAAUAGUUGCAAUCCAGUUCAAGUCUCCAACGGGUAUACAAGUAACUGCAUUUGGCGGAACCGCGCCUCCUUCAUCCGCGGCACGGCCCAGAUUGUCGACCUGCUCACCAAGAAGUGGGAUAAGGAAAGGUCUUACCGUCUCCGAAAAGAGUUGUUCGCCUUCACGGAUGAUAAGAUUGCUGUGCAGUUCUGGUAUGAGUAUCAGGAUAAAUACGAUGGCAUGAAGUGGAAGAGGUGUUACGGCUUGGAGGAUUGGACCUUUGACCGGGAAAGUGGAAAGAUGAGGAAGAGACAUAUGAGUGGCAAUGAUAUCGUGCUGGGAAGGGAUGGGGAUGGCGUUGCGGUGCCAGAAGAGGGUAUUGAAGGGAGAUGGUUUGUCGACGGCGUGGAUGUUGACGAUGACAGCGUCACGGCGAAGAUUACGGAGGCUCACUGGUGA